AUGUGUGAAAAAUGUAUAAAAAUUAAACCAGGCCAAUACGGAAAAAAGGGGAGGAUUUCACUGGACUCUUUUGAGUUUAUAAAAAGUGAAUUUAAAAAAUUAAACGAUAAAUGUUUAUUGAUAAAUGAAUCGAUAAAUAAUUAUGUUAAAUCGAUCAAAGAUUUAUAUUUAGCCAAAACAAGUACGAUCAAAUAUAUUUUAAAGGAGUUUGAACAAGGACAUCCUUUAUCUGAGUACAGCGUUAAUAUACUGGGUUAUGUGGAAGGAGGAAUUAAAGAAUGGAAUGAUAAACAAAAGCCAAAUUUUGAAUCAAUUUCAGAUUAUUGUGAAAUUUUAAAAAAAGUAAAUAAUAAUAUAAAUGUAAUCGACAGUUUAAAUAACAGUGUAGAAUUAUUGUUAUCAGCAAAUUUAAACAGUGGAGACCCCAAGAAUAAAUAUAUAAGCGAAUUAAAAGAAUACACAUGUCAAAUUAUAAAUCAAUUAUUCAAUGACAAGAUCGAAAGAUUCGACAAUCCACUCAUUAAAAUUCAAAUAAGUCUUUCAGAAUUAUUUCAAUUCUUACAGACUCUUCAUUCAAAUAGCUCGAUACUUUUAGAACAACAGCCAUCCUUUUAUAACCCAUUAAAUAGUUUAAGUUUAGAUUUCGAUCAAAUACAAUUAUCUAAUUUUACUAUUAACACUAAUAAUAGUAACAAUAGCAAUUCAAAACAAAAUCAACAAAAUCAACAAAAUCAACAAAAUCAUCAAUCAUCACCAAAAUCGUCAAAUAAACGAUAUGAACCAUCUCAAAAUGAAUUAGCAAAAUCUAACAAUAGUAAUAGUAACAAUAAUAAUAGUUCAAAUAACCAAGUUGUUAAAUCAAAUGGUGAUAAGCUAUUUUCAAAACCCUUACCAAAUAUAAAAGAAACUCCAAUAACAUUAAACUCACCACCACCAUUCAUUCAGCUACUUAAUGAUUAUACAAUCCACCAACAAUUAUGGGAUUAUAAUUAUUUUAAAUUAAAUAGGGUUUAUAAUUAUUCAGCUUCAACAGUUUAUACAAAAUUGAUUACAUUUAAACCAGGAUGUAAUUUAAAUACAUUAAUGUUUUGGAUGCCAGUUCCACCACAAACACAAAGUCAGAGAAUUAGAUAUUCAUCAUUUACCCUACAUGAUCCAGUAACAGAUGCUAUUAUUGCUCAGUCACAAGUUGAAAAUCAUUCAGUUUUCCAAUCAAUGUUUAAAAUUGCAUUUAAUGUACCUUCCACUUCGUCUUCGUCUUCUGCAUCUUCAUCACCAGUAUUAACCUCAUCUCCAUCAUCCUCUUCAUUAUCAUCAUCCACCUCAUCAACAUCACCAUUGUUAUUAUCAUCUCCAACACUCAAUUCAUCAUCACCAUCAUCAAAAAGCAGCAAUAAUAGCAUGUCCAUAUUCAAAUUAAAAUACAGAAUUGAUGUUGACUUGUAUAAGUUACUAUUGGUACCAUUGCAAAGUGGUGAUAAUUUACCAAAUGUUGAACCAAUAUCACAACAAGAGCUCGAUUUUUAUCUUAGACCAACAUCAAAGAUUAAUUAUAACACUACCGAAUUCAAAUCAUUUAUCGACCAAUAUCAAUUGUUCCCAAAGAGAUUUUCAGAUGGCACCUUUGAAAGUGUUCUUUGUUUUGCAUAUCGUGUUUCUCUCUGGAUCUACUCCAACAUUAAAUACAAAUAUCCACACGAAGGAAACUUGGAACCAUUGAAAACUGUUGAGCUUAGAUCGGGUGAUUGUACAUGCCAUUGUGUUUUAGUAGCCGCUAUUUUUAGAUACAAUAGAAUACCAUCCAGACUAUUAUUUGGUAGAAACACCGAGUUGGAAAGACCAGAAAAUGAUAAUCAAACUCAUGUUCGUGUCGAAUUUUACGUUCAUUCCAUUGGAUGGGUACCAUGGGAUCCAUCAUUUAAGGAUUCAACCCCUUAUCAUAAAACUUAUUUUGCCAAUGACCCACUUGGUAACUUUGUAACAUAUCAUAUAGAUUUUAUUAGUAACAGCAUAAAUGAAAAUAACAACAGCAAUAGUAGCAAUAAUAACGAACUUUCAAAUAGAGAUUCAUUCUAUCAUAUAGCAUCCUAUAAUUAUUAUUAUAAAGGUACAGAGCCAAAAAUCGAAUCAGAUGUAAAUAAAUACGAUGUAAAAAGAAUUUCAAAUUAA